AUGCAGUUAUCUGUAUUGGCAAGCAUCGCCAAUUGCUUGGUGUUAUUGGCUUCUGGCGUUGAAGCUGUCAAACACUCAGCUAAGAUUCAAAAGGCACCAAUCGAUGAAGUUCUUUCUGAAGCUAACUUUAGAGAUUACACCAAUGGGUUAGCUCACAGAUAUUUGAACUUGGUUAAUGGUAUCCCAUUGGGCGGUAUGGCUGAAGGUGGUCAAGUACCAUUUGUUGAACCAACUAAAGGUCAUGAUGCUCCACUUACCAAUUAUUUGAAUGCUCAAUAUUUUGCUGAGAUUCUGCUUGGUACUCCUGGUCAACCUUUUAAGGUUAUUUUGGAUACUGGUUCUUCUAAUCUUUGGGUUCCUUCUAAAGAUUGUUCAUCUUUGGCUUGUUUUUUGCAUUCCAAGUAUGACCAUGAUAAGUCUACUACUUAUAAGGCCAAUGGAACUGAAGCUUCCAUUCAAUAUGGUAGUGGAUCUAUGGAAGGAUAUGUUUCUAAUGAUCUUUUAACCAUUGGAGAUUUAAUUAUUCCAAAGCAAGACUUUUUAGAAGCCACUAGUGAACCCGGUUUGGCUUUUGCCUUUGGUAAAUUUGAUGGUAUUUUAGGUUUGGCAUAUGAUACCAUUGCCGUUGCUAAAUCAGUACCACCGGUGUAUAAUGCCAUUUCUCAAGGUUUACUUGAUUCACCUCAAUUUGCUUUCUAUUUGGGUGAUACUUCUAAAGAUGAAGAAAAUGGUGGAUUAGCUACAUUUGGUGGAUAUGAUUCUAGUUUGUUUAAGGGUAAGAUUACUUGGUUACCUGUUAGAAGAAAGGCAUAUUGGGAAGUUCUGUUUAAUGGUAUAGGAUUAGGGGAUGAAUAUGCUGAAUUAAGUAAUACUGGUGCUGCCAUUGAUACUGGUACUUCAUUAAUUACUUUACCAUCUUCAUUAGCUGAAAUUAUUAAUGCUAAGAUUGGUGCACAAAAGUCCUGGUCUGGUCAAUAUCAAGUUGAUUGUGCCUCUAGAGAUAACUUACCAGAAUUGACAUUAACUUUGGGAGGUUAUAACUUUACAUUAUCAGCAUAUGAUUAUGUCUUAGAAGUUGGUGGAUCGUGUAUUUCUGUUUUCACUCCUAUGGAUUUCCCCAAACCAAUUGGUGACUUGGCCAUUGUUGGUGACGCAUUCUUGAGAAGAUACUAUUCAAUCUAUGAUUUGAAGAAGGAUGCUGUUGGAUUGGCCAAGUCUUUGUAA